AUGUUGAGCCCGAGGGGCGCGCCGCCCCCAAAGCCCCCAGCUGACCCGCAGCAGCAGCAGCAGCAGCAGCAGGAGCAGGAGCUGCAGCAGCAGCAGGGUACUCCAUUGGGGGCCCCCGGAAUGCAUGGGGGCCUCCGCAAGACACAGCAAUCAGUGCAGCAGCAGAGACGCAGCAAAAUGUUAAGCCCGAGGGGCGCGCCGCCCCCAAGUGCUGCUGUUGCUGCUGCUGUGCUGCAGCAGCAGCUGCAGGUCCCCCCCUCCUCUGUUGCUGUUCUGCUGCAGGAUGCAACGGAGUUUGUGGUUGUGCACAUGCAGCAGCGGGGUGUCGAUACACCCCACCUAGGACGAAUGGCAGCUACUGCAGCAGAGGCAGAGACCGAGGCAGAGACCGAGGUAACAGCUCAAGCCAUUGCUGAGGCGCUGCAGCAAGCCAUACAAAGCAGCAGCAGCCGCAGAAACAGCUGCAGCAGCAGCAGUGCCGAAGCAGAAGCUCUCUCCCCCUUCCUCUCAACAGCAACAAGCGCAGCAAAAGCAUUUUCUGCUAUUGUGUCGCUGGUGAGCUGCAGCAGCAGCAGCAGCAGCAGCAGUAGCAGCAGCAGCAACACUGUCAGCAGCAGCAGCAACACUGUCAGCAGCAGCAGCAGCAGCAGCAACAGCAACAGAAACACAAUUACACUUUCCAUGCAGCUGCAGCACUACUAUCACCAGCAGCAGAGCAGCAGCACAGCCACAGUCAGCGCCACCAUCAUCACAAACAGCAGCAGCAGCAGCAGCAGCAGCACGAACAGCAGCAGCAGCAGCAGCAGCAGCGCCAGCAGCAACAGCAACAGAAACACAAGUGCCCGUUCACUACUUUCACCAGCAGCAGCACUAGCAGCAGCACAACCACAACCAGCGCCACCAUCAUCACAAACAGCAGCAGCAGCAGCAGCAGCAGCACGAACAGCAGCAGCAGCAGCAGCAGCAGCAGCAGUGUCUCCGUGUGCGUGUGCGGUGCAUCCUCAGCUGCCUCCGUCGCCUUCUGUGUGCCCGGGUGCUGCAUGGGCUUCUCGUUCUGGCGGUGAUAAGCAGCAGCAGCAGCAGCAGCUGCAGCACGGGAAAAAGCAGCAGCAGCAGCAGCAGCAGCAGCAGGAGCAGCAGCCAGAAGAAUCAUGGAUAGGCCUCGCUGCUGCUGCGUCGCUCGCGCGGCUGCUGCGAGGCCUCCAGGCAGAGGCGGGGCUUCGCUUGCCCAGGUGUCUCCUCAGCGCUAAAGGAAUGCUGCUGUGGCUGCUGCUGUUGUUGCUGCUCAAGCUGAUGUUGCUGCUGUUCGUGGUGCUGUAG